AUGGCGAUGGCCGAGGAUAUCCUCCUCGACGAUAUCCAGCCCAUCGCGCGGGCGGGAACUACACUCUCUAACCCUAAUCCCGACCACAACCACCACCACAACAAGAGUCAACCCCAGACUCCCUACAUAAACAUCAACACUGACCCAUCUACAGCCAAAAACCAGGCUCAGAUCCUCCACUCCCAAAUCCACACUCCCCCCAGCAGCGCCACCCUCCUCACCGUCCUGCGCUCCGCCGCGCCCGCCCAGAAAUGCGCCCUGUUGCUGGCUGCCUGGUGCGCGGUCGUCGCGGGGGCCGCCAUGCCUCUUGUUACGGUUGUGUUUGGGACGUUGGCGGGGGAGUUUAUGGAACAUGGGUCCUCGUUGAGUGUGGAUGAGAUCAGAUAUAAGGUGCAGAGCACCCUCCCCGCCCUCCUCUCCGCCACCUCCGGCUUCACCGUCGCCCUCGCCAUCGCCUUCAUCCGUAACCCGCGGUUCGCGGCCGUGAUGCUCGCGCAGCCGGUCGCCUUGUUCUGGCAGGCCGAUAUCCUCUACCGUCAAGGCCGAUGCACCCUCCCCGAAGCACUGACGAUCAUGUACGCGGUCUCCGUGGCCGGGGGGAUGCUGGUGCAGGCGUUGCCGUGCGUGGUCGAUAUCACGCAGGCGAAUAGCGCCGCAAACCGCGUGUACGAGGUGAUCGAGCGGGAGUCGCCGAUUAACCCGCUGGACGGAGCGGGGAAGACAUAUCGCCAGGUGAGAGGGGAGAUUCGAUUCGAGGACGUGCUCUUCGCGUAUCCCUCACGGCCGGAACGCACCGUCCUCAACGGGGUCAGUUUCACGGUGCCCGUGGGACAGACGGUGGCUCUCGUGGGCCCGUCCGGGGCGGGCAAAUCGACCGUUUUCGCGCUGCUGGAACGGCUGUAUCUUCCGCUCGGGGGGAGGGUGUUGCUGGAUGGCGAGCCGGUCGGCGAGAUGAAUGUCGCGUGGCUGAGGGACCAGAUCGGGUAUGUCGGGCAGGAUGUCUCGCUGUUUCGCGCCUCCAUCCAUGAUAACAUUGCCUAUGGGCUUUCGAGGGAUCUCGUCCAGGGGUUAGAUGCACUGGCUAUCAGAGAGCGGGUUGUGCAUGCGGCCGAGAUGGCCCGGAUUCACGCCUUCGUGAUGGAUCUCCCCCAGGGGUAUGAUACCGUCAUCGGGGCGAAUGGGUCGGGUCUUUCCGGUGGCCAGAGGCAACGCAUUGCCAUUGCACGUGCGGUCGUCUCGAGGCCACCGAUCUUACUCCUGGAUGAGGCCACCGCGGCCCUGGAUAGUCAGUGCGAGAAAGAGGUACAGGAGGCCCUCAGCAGGGCUGCUGCGGGGCGAACCACCGUGAUCAUCGCCCAUCGGCUCUCGACGAUCAGGAACGCCGAUACCAUCAUGGUCAUGAGGGACGGUCAGAUCCUGCAUCGAGGCUCCCAUGCCGAGUUGAUGACCUCCUCUCCACUGUACCAGGAGUUGGUGCGACAGCAAGCACUCCAAUCCAGGGGAUCAGACGAGAACGAGUCGCCUCUACCGGUAAAGGAAAUAGAGGACGCAGGCAUCCCGGUCGAUGUUCAUUCCAUUGCCCCCCCCGAUCCACCGUCCAUGUCCUCGCAGAGUGGCAUCAAGCAGGUCUGGCGCCUCAACCGGCCGGAGAUGCCCUACAUCAUCGCGGGCAUCAUGCUCAGUGUCCUCGCGGGCAUGACAUGCCCCAUCCAGGCCAUCUACUUCGGCAACGGCAUCAUCUCCAUCAUCAGCCCAAGUCUCAGCACUGGCGGCCACGACGCUCGCUUCUGGGCGACGAUGUAUCUGAUGCACGGCAUGGUGGUGUUUGCAGUCUACUCGAUCCGAGGCUAUGGCUUCGCCGUGUCCGCCUCGCAGCUGACGCUGCGCGCCCGCACGCGACUCUUCCAGGCCCUGCUCCAGAAGAGCCUUCCCUUCUUCGACGACAAAGACCACUCGACCGGCGCGCUGGUCAGCUUCCUCUCGUCGGGGAUCCCGAAGAUGACCGGCGUGUCGGGCACGUCACUCGGGCUGGUGGCGGAAAGCGUGGUGAUGCUAUCCAGCGGCAUCGCCGUCGGCUGCAUCUUCGGGUGGAAACUAGGGCUCGUGGCCGCGGCGACAGUGCCGUUCAUCGCGGUGUCGGGCUUCCUGCAGUACUACGUUUCGGCCCAGAUGCAGAAGCACGUCCAGCGCGACACCCACGCGGUGGCCGUGGCCCACGAAGCCUUCAGCGCCAUCCGGACCGUGACCGUCCUCAACCUGCAGCGCUCCAUCACCGACGCCUUCCAGAGGGAGAGCCGGCAGGACCAGACCUCCAACACCGCGUACUGCAUCAAGUCGGCCGCCCUGCAUGCCGGCACCACCUCGGUCCGUAUCUUCGGCAUCGCCUUCGUCUUCUGGUACGGCGGCACCCAUCUCAUCGCCACCGGCGAGUACACCAUCCAGCAGUUCUUCAUCUGCUUCGCCGCCACCGUCUGGGGGUCGCAGUCCGCCGCGGCUCUCUUCGCCCAGGCCCCCGACAUCGCCGGCGCCCAUGCCGCCGCGGCUCGAUGGGAGGAGCUGAUCCAUCGCGAUCCAUGCCUCCCCCACCAGCAUCCCGUCGCGACCACCACCUCCAUGCCACGCACCAUCGAGGACCUCGCCCUCCGACACGUCAACUUCCGAUACCCGACCCAUCCCUCCCGCCGGGCGCUGAACGACGUGAGUCUCGACGCCCCCGCCGGCUCCUUCAUCGCCCUCGUCGGCGCCACCGGCAGCGGCAAAAGCUCGGCCAUCAACCUCGUGCAGCGCUUCUAUGCCGUCGAGUCGGGCCGCAUUGCGCUGGGGAACGCGUCCAUCGAUGCGUAUGAUCCGACUGCCUACCGACGGUACCUGGCGCUGGUCGACCAGAGCCCAUGUCUGAUCGGAGAUGAUCUGCGCGAGUGCCUGCACGGCGAUGAACGGGUCAUUUCCGAUGACGACCUCCUGCUUGCGCUGAAGAGUGUCGGGCUCGCGGAUUUCGUCCUCUCCCUGCCUCAGGGUCUGAGUACGCCCGUGGCGACCUCCGAGUCGACUUUGUCCGGGGGGCAGCGUCAGCGUAUGGCUAUCGCGAAGGCGCUUCUUUGGCGGCCGAAGGUUCUUCUGCUAGAUGAAGCCACCUCCGCGCUGGACACGGCCUCGGAGCAACUCGUCCAAGAGGCCCUCCACGACGCCCGCGUAGAGGGGCGCACGAUUAUCGCCGUGGCGCAUCGCCUGAAGACGGUGGUUGAGGCGGACGAGAUCCUGGUUUUCGACCGCGGCGAGAUCGUCGAGCGAGGGACCCACGAUGCGUUGAUGCGGGUCCAGGGGAGAUACUGGCAGAUGGCCCGGUUCCAGCUGAACAUGGAACAUAGGACAUGAUGUGUACUAACUAAUUAUACAUCCAUCCCACAUACCAGAUAGAUAGAUAGACGGUGG